AUGGGAGCGUUCAGAGUGCUGCUGGGGAGUUUACACUACAUGGGACUCUACAUGCAACUUAGUGUCUCCACAAGGCACGCUGGACACGGCGAGGUGGAGAACCACAUCUCCGGGAACGCCAUGUUCACGGAGGUGCCUCAUGAUAUGAUGGCUCAGAGCGGUCAGGACGUGGAGAUGGCCUGCUCCUUCAGAGGGGCCGGGACCCCCUCCUCUCUGGAGAUCCAGUGGUGGUACAUCAGGAACCAUGCGGACUGGACGGACAGACAGCCCUGGACAACCAAUGAGGUGGCUCCUGAUGAGGAGAUGCCAAAGGAUGCUACAAAAAUAAGUGUUGUUAAGGUUGUAGGAAGCAACAUCUCCCAUAAACUGCGGCUCUCCCGGGUCAAGACAUCGGACGAGGGCACCUACGAGUGCCGCGUCAUCGACUUCAGUGACGACGUGGGCUCGCGCCACCACCGCGUCAGAGCCCGCCUGCAGGUGGUGCCGGAGAGUGCCGUCAGAGAGGGAACCAACAGCGACAACUUCGAAGCCCUGGACGACACCAAGGGAGGGGCCGCAUUCGAGGACGAGUCCCACGGCGGCGCCAAAGAGCACGUCCAUCACCAGAGCCACGGGAACCACGGCAGGCGGCCAUCGGCGGCGGCCCCCCCCCACGGCCACAGCCACAGCAGCCAGCAGCACAAGGCGGGCAGGGAGCUGAGGAAGAGGGACGUGGACAGGAACCACAAUGACUGCUCCAACGAGCCAAGCUGCAAGCUGUAGACAUUAUUACACCUAAGUGAUAGAUUACACAAGGAUUGCAUUACAUGAUAUGUGUCACCGCAUAAAAAGCUAUUCUUCCCACACAGUGCGAGCAUGUGCACAAAUCCAGAAUGCCUAGAAAUGGCUUAUUCAGAGCACGGUGCUGUAAACUGUGCUGGGGAGCGUAGCUUUUUCUUGCUGUGCAUGGGACUGUCUGCUUCACGACGUUCAGCAAAGAGGGGCUGAUGAGUAGAUCUAAGCAGCUCCAUUGUUUCUGGUCUCAGCACUUAUUUAAAAAAAAAAAAGACUUACUAUAACUCAUGCUUUGUUCGACUCUUAAGAUACUGUAAAUGACACAACCCUGCUUUCAGGCUCAUUCUUCUUCCACUGCCUUACUCUUUCGUUUAAUACACCCUCAGAAAAAAAGGAUUUAGACUUUUUGCAAAUGGGUCUAUGCCCAGUAAAAGAACAAUGUUCCUUUUCUUCUGAGGGUGCACAGAAUGAAGCUAAAGCGCCAGUAAUUCUUCCCUGGAAAUCUUUUUCCGAGUCUGAUUCCUUAGCGUUUUUACAUUCAUCUGCAUCUUUUUUAUGUUUUAAACAACGAUCACAAAUCUGUAUGCAGCUGAUUCUUCAGCAAUGUAUUCUGUGUUUACUCGCAGGGGAAAGAAACACGCUUUCUUCAGCAGAAACUCAUCAAGGUCCCAGAGCUGCAGUGCUCAUCAAGGACAGAUACCGCCUCAAUUCAUUUGCCUUGGAGUGAAUACAGUGGCGGUGUGGAAAGUGUGGGGUUUCUAACAAAGCACAUCACAGGCUGUAUAUUCUUCUUUUGAGAUCAUGAAUCUGCAGCCCAACAGAAAAUGUGAUUUUUGUUCACAGCCUCCGCAGGUUGAAUCCACUCAUGGCCGUUCAGGCUGAGAGAAAUCAAUCAUAGGGAAGAUUAACAGUUUGGAAAGCCAGGAAAAGAUCAAUCUGUGCUACUAAAUUAAAAAAUCUGACUUGGUGUGCCUCUGAAUAUACUCCUUCUUGUCUAGAAAUCAAUGAAAAAAAUGUAUCUUUUUGGGAAGAGUGUUGCUUAGUUCCCUUAUUUACAAUGCUCAUCAAUCAUUUAAAAAGCCUCAAUCCUCUCCACUAGAAGCCUCUAAUCCACUAUGACUGUAUAAUAUGAAAUAAAGUUAGAGCAUGUUCAGUAAUUUUCUUAAAAACUUUUUCAACACACAAAGACAGUGUUAGGGUAUUUUGUCAUUUAUGUAUUCAGUUAAAUAAAGAAAUAUCCAUUCUUUUUUUUCUACUUUAAAGUCCUUUCAAAUAGUUUUUAAAAGCAGUUUUCUGUUGCUUUACUGCUCUCCAGAAGUGCUGUACAGACCGAUGAAUGACAUAUUCUUUUCAUAGCUGCACAGAAAGGGGUUCCCCUUAUGUCUCUUAGUACUUAAAGCAGUAUUUAUGAAACUACUGUACUGUAUGUGCAAGGCCGCCAACAUGAGUGUUACCUUGUUUCAAGCGUGGAAUUACUUUUGUGCAGUUCAGGAAGAUUGGAAAGGCCGUUUUACAACUGCCAGUUUUGUAACUCGAUGAUAAUCUCUUUGCUUGCGAAAAGCAUUCUGAAAGGGUAAAAUAGGACAAAGUAAAAGUGGGAAAUAAUACCGGAUACAACCUUGAGCAUCGUGAAAAAAAAGAGAGAAAUGUUGUUAGGGAAACACUUAUAUUUAUAUACGGAAGACGAUUAGGGCCACAUGAAAAAAAAUGUGGGGAUGUUAAAAUGUAUUUGGAUUCAGAUUUCUGACUUUAAUCUCAGAAUUCUGACUUUUUUCUCAGAACAAAAAUAAAACUUUUUUUUUCAUGUGGCCCUAUUCCUCUUCCAUUGGCUCUUGAUACUGCCUCAAAAUAAAGUGUGUCUCAGGGCCAUGCAGGGCUUUACUUCUCUGCUCCAUGACAGGAGUACACCCCUCCUGUUAUUGUUGGCAGACCCAGUAAUAUGAGAGGGUGGAGCCCUCAGUGAUUCAGUGAGUGGGGUUGUUUUUAUUCCAACGACGAUUUGAUGUUUUGUAAAGAUUCUAAGAAGUCACUGUCAGAAAAAAAAAAGGAAACAUGUACAUUUCUUCUAGAAUGUUUGGUCUCACUCUUAAGUGUAUGGCUUUAUCAAAUGAAAUAAAUUGUAUAUGAAACAACAGUUAA